AUGAAAUGCUGCCACCGCAAAUUCUGGAACCCCGAUCCCAGGCAGACCGGCAACUGGCCGGGCCGCAUUGAAAACAUCGACGAUUUCCAGGAUGCGUGCGCGUGCUGGACCUGCGUCAUUAUUCCCUCGGCGCCGAUCUUGCUCUGGCAGUGGAUUGUCCGACCUUGCCGUCGUCCUCGUCCUGCUGACGCGCGGGCCGAAGAGAUGCAACGCGAGCGCGAGCGUCUGGCAGCCCUAGCCGAGGCGAGAGCUAAGCACGAACGUGAUGCGGCUUUGAUUAAUCAACAGCCGACGCUGGUGUCGGGUUUGCCGGAGCGGCCUUGGAUGAAGGUUGAAGUGAAGGGGUAUCCUCAUGAGGAGGAGAGGACGAGGAAGUCGGAGAGGGAAGCGAUGGGGUAG